CACAACAUACUGACGAUACAUAAGUCUUAAGAAUACAUUCAUUCUGAUACUGUUGAUAAGUUAUAACUUCUUGGUGUCAACACUUGACACCUCCCUUACUUCUUACUUACUACCUACUUAAUCAAAAAUCACGACAGUUUAUGGGUAACAACCUCCGUGCUGUACUAAAUUGAAUACCCGUCGGAAUAAAUUAUUGACAGGUGGUAAAACGACAUAACCCAUUUCUCGUUCCAAAACACAGAACACAAAGCACUGUACUGGUAAUAACAACAUAAAAGAUACAACAUCUUCAACUUGAACCACUUUGUCAAACCAACCUGUCAAACUUACAUAUUUCCGAGUUACGAAUACCAAUCACAACCGCUUUAGAAAACAACGACAACUAUACACCUACCAAUAACCAGUUUUCCUUCACCUCUCAUCUCUAUCAAUAUCAACCCUUCCGAUUCCUGCAGAAAUCUAUCCCAAGGAUAGCCUCCGCGUGUCCUUCAGGAACCUGAUAGAUAUCCCCCAUUAUCUCAGACGUCCAUUUAAUUCGCAAGAGAUGUCGGGCAUACCGCGAUAUAACAAUGCACCACUAAAUGCGCGAUCGGGUGUUUCUGUCCCUCCCACCGGGCCUCCAACAUCCUCUCAAACAGCCGCACCUGCAUCAACAUCAGAACCUUUGAGCAACCAUAACCCCACCACCACAUCAUCUUCAUCCUCCUCGUAUCCACGCGCGCAUCCCGCAGCUGCAGUACCCCUUCCUACCGGGCUUUCAAAUUCUCACCGUUACGCGCCCCCAGCUGCAGUUGUCACUACUGCAAAAUUACAGCAAACGCGCACGAUAAAUGCUGAUUCCGACGUACCUCCUGCACCGCAACCAGCUGCUUUUCCUAAGCCGACUACUGGGUUGGCGGAAAAUAGAUGUGCUUUGCAAUUGAAAACUGUACCUCCUCCGAGAGCGGGGUCUUCUGCAGUUGAUAAUGAUGCGACUACUACGAUGCCACACAAUAAGCUUACCAGUGCGGGGCAAGUGGGGAUAGAGAAGAAUAAUUCUGGAUACCCUCCUCAGAUGAUGAUUCCCCCGCCAAGUAUCACUCGCACACCGUUUUCUUCUACGAUGACUGGUGAUGUGGUCACGGCAGCGAAGACUAUGCAUCCUCAACCGGUUUCUGUUCGGGAGGCAUAUGCUCCAUUUACACAACAGGAUAAGGAGGGAUAUGGAAAUGGAUAUGGAUAUGGAUGUGAGAGACGUACUUCGGAACAUAUGGAACAUCUGGAACAUCCACCGGGUUAUGUGCAGAAUGCGUACGCGGCUGAAAUGAGUAGUGAUCAGAGGAGAGCAAUGGAUAUUUAUGAGGGGCAGGAGGGGAAGGGAGGCGCUGGUGCGGUUGGUGGUGGUGGUGACGGUGGUGGUGAGGAGGAGGGUAUUUGGGAGAGUGCGAAGAGGUGGGUUGGAGGUGCGGGGAGUUUGUUGAGUGAGGGGGAGAGGGAGGUUUGGAGGAGGAUUAAUGGGAAGUAGGGUUGCGUAGAAUAGGGUUGUGGAAAGUAGAGUAGGGUUGGCUGUGCUGGUUACUUUUGGUUUCGGGAUUUUAGGGAUUGGGAUUGGAUGGGAUGGGAUGGGAUGGGGUUUAUGGUUUGAUUUGGUGAUGAGAUAUAAUCUAUGGUGUAUGAUAGUGUACGAUAGCAUGACCAAUGCAGUAGACAGAUAAAUACAGCUUUACGACUAGAGACAAGGGAAAAAACAGACGAAGGGAGAUAUGUUUUCGCUCGAUGUUGAUUGGACAGAAUUCCAACUAUCGAUCUAUAUAAGGGUAAAUAUCAUUAGUUGUAAUGCCACUGGCAAUAAUGCUGUAUAUAAACGAG